UACGUGGCGAUGAGUGCAAGGACUCCUAAUCGAGCACCGAGUGAGUCAUCGGCGCCUCCCUCCGUCAUCCACCACAAUGGCAGAUAAACAACAAAAUGCUCAAAAAAGUGUUAAAAUAGCCGCUGGGGCCGUGGUGUGUGUGGAAAGUGAAAUAAGAGGCGAUGUCACGAUAGGUCCUAGAACUGUAGUCCACCCUAAAGCCCGGAUCAUUGCAGAGGCAGGACCCAUCGUGAUUGGAGAGGGGAAUUUAAUCGAGGAGCAAGCUCUGAUUAUUAACAGUUACCCCGAGAACAUCACACCAGAAUCUGAGGUGGAACCGAAGACGAUGACCAUCGGCAUGAACAAUGUAUUUGAAGUUGGAUGUGUAUCACAAGCCCUGAAGAUCGGGGACAACAACGUGAUCGAAUCAAAAGCUGACGUGGGCAGGAAUGUGAUCCUCACCAGCGGCUGUAUCAUCGGAGCGUUCUGUCAGGUCAACACCUGUGAAGUCAUUCCUGAGAACACGGUUAUCUACGGCUCUGGGUGUAUGAGGCGGGUUCAGACAGAGAGACCACAGCCCCAGACUCUUCAGCUCGACUUUCUGAUGAAGAUUCUGCCAAACUAUCAUCACCUGAAGAAGACGGUUAAAGCCGGCCACAACGCCAGCUAAACUUUCUGGAUGUUUUUAGUAGAAUUGUAAAUGCUAAGCUAAACCUUAUUUAAAUGGAUCUUUCUUGAAUGUAUAUAAGUAUUGGAUACUUACCCAGCCUCUCAGUACUCUCUCUCUCACUCCCUGAUCUAUAUUUUCUACUCUAACCUCAACAGCUGAUAAAGCGUUUCAUCUGUUUCUCGCUUUGCUGAUACUGUUUUCUAUGAUUCAUUAAAUAACCUGAAAAACUCUGA